GAAACACCAUUUUAUUUUUUAAUUGUUUCUUUCGCUUAUUCUUCUUUUGUUGCUUUCUACGGCUAGUUUUCUUUCCGGCUCACAAAUUGCUUCAGCUUCUUCUCCAAAAAGCUGUUUUAGGCUUACAAUCAUUGGUAAAGAGGCUUGUAAGCAAAAGGAGUCUUUUUCUGUUGAAAUGGAAGGGAAUACCAGUUUGAACGAAGUUACUAGCAACAAUCAAGAAUCAUCCAGGAAGUCUAAAGAUGAACCCGUCAAAACAGUACCAUUAUACAAGCUUUUCUCAUUUGCCGAUUCUUUGGAUCACUUGUUGAUGUUGGUGGGCACUGUGGGCGCCGUGGGGAAUGGAAUCUCCAUGCCCUUGAUGACUUUGAUAUUUGGGAGCAUGAUCAAUGCAUUUGGGGGAUCCAGUACCACGGCCGAAGUUGUUGAUGAAGUUUCCGAGGUGUCUCUGAAAUUUGUAUACUUGGCUGUGGGUACCUUUGCUGCAUCACUUUUGCAGUUGGCAUGCUGGAUGAUCACGGGAGAAAGACAAGCUGCAAGAAUUAGAGGCUUAUACCUUCAAACAAUUCUGAGGCAAGAUGUAACCUUCUUUGAUAAAGAGACUAACACUGGAGAGGUUAUUGGAAGGAUGUCAGGUGAUACUGUUCUAAUUCAAGAUGCCAUGGGUGAGAAGGUGGGACAGUUUAUUCAGUUAAUGGCAACUUUCAUUGGAGGGUUUGUUGUAUCGUUCAUCAAGGGGUGGCUUCUAACUGUUGUCAUGCUAUCUAGUAUUCCACUUCUUGUCUUGUCCGGGGCUCUGAUGAGCCUGGUUAUUACAAAAGCGUCAUCCAGGGGACAAACUGCUUAUUCCAAAGCUUCAAGUGUUGUAGAGCAGACAAUUGGCUCUAUCCGGACUGUUGCAUCAUUCACUGGGGAGAGGCUAGCAAUAGCUAAAUACAAUCAGUCCUUGAUCAAGGCUUACGUCAAUGGAGUGCACGAGGCAGUAGCUUCUGGUUUGGGUUUUGGGGUCCUAUACUUUGUCUUUAUAUGCAGCUACGCUUUGGGCAUUUGGUUUGGCGCGAAAAUGAUCAUCGAGAAAGGAUACACAGGAGGAGAGGUUGUGACUGUUAUAUUUGCUGUAUUGACUGGCUCCAUGUCUCUAGGGCAGGCAUCUCCAAGCUUGAGUGCUUUUGCUGCAGGACAAGCUGCAGCCUUUAAGAUGUUUGAAACAAUUGAAAGGAAGCCAUUAAUCGAUGCCUAUGACACUAAUGGUCGGAAGCUUGAAGACAUUCGUGGCGACAUAGAGCUUAGGGAAGUCUGCUUUAGUUAUCCUACGAGACCUGAUGAACUAAUAUUCAAUGGAUUUUCGCUUUCAAUACCGAGUGGCACUACUGCAGCUUUGGUGGGACAAAGUGGGAGUGGGAAAUCCACAGUUGUUAGUUUGAUAGAGAGAUUUUAUGAUCCACAUUCCGGUGCAGUACUUAUUGAUGGUAUCAAUCUCAAAGAAUUUCAACUGAAAUGGAUCAGACAGAAAAUUGGCCUGGUCAGCCAGGAACCCGUUCUCUUUACUUGUAGCAUUAAAGAGAAUAUUGCCUAUGGCAAGGAUGGAGCAACCGAUGAAGAAAUCAGAGCUGCCGCAGAACUUGCUAAUGCUGCCAAAUUUAUAGACAAACUACCUCAGGGACUAGAUACAAUGGUUGGUGAGCAUGGAACUCAGCUCUCUGGGGGUCAAAAGCAGAGAGUGGCGAUAGCAAGAGCGAUUUUGAAAGACCCAAGAAUCCUACUUCUGGACGAAGCUACAAGUGCCCUUGAUGCUGAAUCUGAGAGAAUUGUACAAGAGGCAUUGGACAGAAUAAUGAUAAACAGAACAACUGUCAUUGUUGCCCACCGUUUGAGUACUAUAAGGAAUGCGGAUACCAUUGCUGUUAUCCAUCAAGGAAAAAUAGUUUAAAGAGGUUCACACGAUGAGCUCACCAAGGAUCCCGAAGGAGCCUAUAGCCAGCUCAUCAGACUACAAGAAAUUAAGAAUUCAGAACAGAACGCAGAAGACAGAGAAAAACAAGAGAGUAUAUCGCAGUCUGGAAGACUUUCAAGUAAAAGGUCUUCUUUGUUGCGAUCUAUAAGCCUAGAGUCAAUGGGAGUUGGAAACAGUGGUCGUCGUUCACUCUCAGCAUCAUUUGGUCUGCCCACAUCUGCUGGCUUUAUAGAACCCGUCGGUGAGGGUCCCCAAGAUCAUCCUACAACAUCUCGUUUACUACCAGAAGUGCCUCUUCGUCGCCUGGGUUACCUAAACAAGCCAGAAUUUCCAGUGUUACUGAUGGGGAUUGUAGCUGCAAUGAUAGCUGGAGCAAUCUUACCUGUUUUUGGACUGUUACUCUCCAAAAUGAUAGAUAUUUUCUAUGAACCACAUGAUGAACUUCGUAAAGAUUCAAAAAUUUGGGCAUUAGUAUUUGUUGCGGUCGGUGUGGUAUCACUCCUGGUUUAUCCAGCUAGAUUCUACCUUUUUGGUGUUGCUGGUGGUAAGUUGAUCCAGAGGAUCCGGAAAGCAUGUUUUGAGAAAGUAGUUCACAUGGAGGUAAGUUGGUUUGAUGAAGCUGAGAAUUCGAGUGGAGCAGUUGGAGCAAGGCUCUCAACUGAUGCAGCUUCCGUCAGAGCAUUGGUUGGGGAUGCACUUGGUUUGCUGGUUCAGAAUAUUGCCUCAGCAAUAACUGGAUUGGUAAUUGCCUUUGAAUCAAGCUGGCAGCUUGCUCUUAUAAUCCUUGCUAUGGUGCCUCUACUUGGACUAAACGGAUUUUUUCAAGUCAAGUUCUUGAAAGGAUUCAGUGCAGAUUCAAAGAGAAUGUACGAGGAAGCAAGUCAAGUGGCGAAUGAUGCUGUGGGGAGUAUAAGAACAGUUGCUUCUUUCUGUGCUGAAGAGAAGGUGAUGGAUUUAUACCGGGGAAAAUGUGAAGGGCCAAUUAAGACGGGGAUAAGGCAAGGGAUAAUCAGUGGAGUUAGCUUUGGAAUAUCAUUCUUUGUGCUGUACGCAGUUUAUGCAGCAAGUUUUUAUGCCGGAGCUCGACUGGUAGAGGAUGGCAAAACAUCAUUCACAGAUGUUUUCCGGGUUUUUUUUGCUCUCAGUUUUGCAGCAAUAGGAAUCUCUCAAUCUGGCUCUUUGGUUCCUGAUUCAGCCAAAGCAAAAACUGCUGCUGCUUCCAUAUUUGCCAUCAUUGACCGAAAGUCACAAAUAGACUCAAGUGAUGACUCUGGAAUAACAUUGGAAGAAGUGAAGGGAGAGAUUGAGCUUAAGCAUGUCAGUUUCAAGUAUCCUACAAGACCCGAUGUUCAGAUAUUCAGAGAUCUUAGUUUGACCAUUCACAGCGGCAAGACAGUUGCACUGGUCGGAGAAAGCGGAAGUGGAAAAUCAACAGUGGUGUCAUUGUUACAAAGAUUCUAUGAUCCAGACUCAGGUCACAUUACACUGGACGGAAAGGAAAUUCAAAGCAUGCAAGUUAAAUGGCUAAGACAGCAGAUGGGUCUGGUGAGCCAAGAGCCUGUGCUGUUUAAUGACACCAUCCGAGCCAAUAUUGCAUAUGGCAAAGGAGACGCAACAGAGGCAGAAAUCAUAGCUGCAGCAGAAUUGGCAAACGCCCACAAGUUCAUAAGUAGUUUGCAGAAGGGUUAUGACACGGUGGUAGGUGAGAGAGGAGUUCAGUUAUCUGGGGGACAAAAGCAGCGAGUGGCAAUAGCACGAGCUAUAGUAAAGAAUCCAAAAAUAUUACUGCUAGAUGAAGCCACAAGUGCACUUGAUGCUGAGUCUGAGAAAGUGGUUCAGGAUGCACUUGACCGUGUGAUGGUGGACCGAACCACAAUAGUAGUGGCUCAUAGGUUAUCCACUAUUAAGGGUGCUGAUUUAAUCGCUGUGGUUAAGAAUGGAGUGAUAGCAGAGAAGGGAAAGCAUGAAGCAUUACUGAAGAAGGGUGGUGACUAUGCUUCUUUAGUUGCAUUGCACACAAAUGCUUCUACUUCUUAGUCCCCUUCCAACCAAAUUUUUGUCCUACUCUCUCAUACCUUUAUUUAUAUAUGUCAUAGUAUGUAAGAUAAUUUCCUUUCAUCUCUUUUUUUCUUCAGAAAUUGUUCUUGUAACUCAUUUAUAUCACUUUACAUUAAUAUAUCUUUCA